GGUGUCGAGGGGACCGUACACGAUUUCGGCGGUUCCGGGUGAGGGAGGGGACCGACGACAGUUGUCUUCUGCUGCUCUCCGGUGCUUUCGCUUUUCCGAGGGUCCAGUGUGUUUCGCCACCCGAGGAGAAUUCGCAUGCUCCACGUAUAACAGCGCGAAGUUAUUCUCGAAUUAAACUACGAGUGAGUCAGCGGGAUGUAUCGUCUGUAGAGGCAGAUCCGUCCAGCCAAAAAAACGUGUGACGUCCCGUCAAUGCGUAUCUCGUCAGUACGCUGCGACUUGCAGAGUAUAAAGUCGAGAGUAGACUGAGGCAUUAACAUGGCCACGCAAAAAGCGAGAUUAGUAAACAAACAGUUCAACUCUCCUAUCAAUUUGUAUUCGCCACAGGCGAUACAGGAAACUUUAGAUAGACAGACUCAAAUUCUGGCUAACGGUGCAGUCGGGAUCGACUUCAGUCAGUUGGCCAAACCAGCGAACUUGCAGAACAGCGCGGUUCUACGUAUGCUCGAAGAAGAAGAAGCGAGGCAGCGCGGUGGUCAACCUGGUCUCAAACGAGUAGCUUGGCCACCGCCCCCAGAGGAUCAAGACUUCGACUACAUCGAGCAAGCUCCCGUCCAAGCGAAGACCCGUGGGUACGGUGAGUUCGGCUCGUACCAGAGCAGUCCCUCGUCGGGUCCGUCACCCCAACCGUCCUCGACGGUCGCACGGUCGUCGACACAGAGCGCCGUCCCGUCGUCCCCGUCGCCGAUCAGUCCUGGCGGCACGCUCCUGCGACAGCCCUCGUACUUCCAACCGCAACAGACGAACCUCAGGAGCUGGGCGCCCGUGACACCCCCGGCAACCUCGCCGCUCUCUCAGCAGCAUCCCCUGUUUCCGAGCCAACAGCAGCAACAACAACAGCAGACCCAGCCUUGGCAGCAGCACCCCCAGGAUCCAUACGACCGGGCACCGCAGAGGCAGCAACAGAAUCUAUCCGAUUAUUAUACAUCCACCCCUGCGGCGUUCGAGGCACCACCCUCCACUAUCAUCCUUCGUCCUGAGCCGCCUAUCUCGCAGGCACCAGCACCGGUGUAUCAGGCCCAACCCGCAGCAACAAAAGCUCCGGCGACAGGCAAUAUGCGAGGAGAUCUGAAGUGGCCACCAGCGUCCGUGAAGGCCCAGUUCGAGGCGGAGAACCGUGCCAGGAUGGAGCUCGCAAAGGGCCCUGCUGUUAGGCCUCGUCGAGUGCACAAGGACUAUAGCGGUUUCUUCGCGCAACACGCCCUGAACAGCACCUAUCCGGGCUACCGAGCACCUCCUGGCACCCAGUACUUCACCCCGGCUUAUCAACAUUAGCGAAUAUUCCAUUUCCGAGCAACGCAUUCGAGCACGAGGCAUCGUCCUGAGUUUCUCAUCGAUUGGGAUGUUCAGGACGCUGCUUGCGGAUCUUGCGAGAUUCGCAAGAACCAGAGAAACGCAUGAGAGCCGAUUUCUUUGUGAAUAGGAAAAUCACGACUGUAAAAAAAAAUUCGAUGCAGAAUUUCGUCUUUUUUUUUGCAACAUGAUUUCUUCUUUUCUUCAUUCACGCGUAUCUGCGCACGAAUUGUGCUGCAACUCUUUCAGAAUAUGAUUCAGUUAAUUGAAGAGAAAUUCCACAUCAUGCGUUUCCCGGGUUUUUAGAGACUUCCGAUCUGGAUUUCGAGCUUCAACGAACCUGUAUAUACAGAGACUGAACGGUUACCUUUCAUCUUUGCAGGGUAGCGUAAACUAAUAACAAUUACCGAAAAUCUGGCUCAUUUACAGCAUUCGAUUUAUUAUUCGAGCAUCGUCGUUCGGAGUUCCCACACUUGUGAGCGUCGCGUUCUCCUUUUUUUAAUCUAAAUUCUUAGGUAUGUUUACAUUUAUAAUGAAACGGGGAGGGGGGGUAGGAUAAAGAUAUAAUAGCUUAUUUAUUUAUUUAAAAAAUUAAUUUUAUUUCUUCACGCAAGAAACUGCUUUGUUUUCUCUAAUCUAGACUCUUAUUUGUACGAAGACAUCCCUGGUUUGGGAAUUUCUGAUCUAGGUGGACUCAAUGUUGUGAUAGAAUUAACGCUGCGAACAGAUUUUACAGGUUUACAAGACUAACGCUUGCCAUACGAAUCACAAGAGUGGCGGAUCACAAGCGAUUGCUUAAGGGAGAACAACAAUGUGGCAGCAGAUUGUGCUUUUUACUGCGAAGGCCACGAUUUGGGAAAAUAACGAACAUCGAA